AUGACCAUGCAUCAGGACAGCAGUAAGAGCUUGGAGUGCUGUGGCAUCAGCUUCCAAAACAAGGCUGCUCUUCGAGAUCACAACUCUAUAUUUCACCGAGGAGGCUACAGAUGCCAGAUAUGCUCCAGAAACUUCUGCCGAAAAGCUUUGCUUCGACGACACCUGACUGUUCACAGCGGCCAGAAAGAUUUCUUCUGUGAAAUUUGCGGCUAUGCUACCAGUCACAAAAGCAACCUGGAGAGGCAUCAGAAGGUACAUACCAAAAAGGAGCCGACAACUGAGGUACUUCGAAAACGUAGCACAGCGACAGAAAAUCUUCAACUUGGUACAGCAUCUUUUUUGUCACGAGCCAUUCUGAAUUCACAGGCUCAAAGUAUGUGCUACCAAGUGCCUGGUGUCACUUCAGCUUUGCCCAGUUACGAAACUGCCAACAAAUCCUUCAUAAUCGAUGGAGCACUAAAUCAGAAAUCACAGUUUGCAGCGUUCACUGUGGAAUCGGCAGAAAACUACAUGAACAAACUACAGAUAUUGUCAAGUUUGAAAAACUCUCUGCAUGACAAUAUUCACGUGAACUCAUACACAAAGAACAAUUAUGACUGCGAUGACAAAAAUAUAAAUGUGAAACGGGAAGACGAAGAAGGGCCAGUUCCUAGCAUACAUAUUAACACUUACUAA